AUGACAUUUAAUAGUUUUUUCAAUUUUCAAAAUUUCAAAAUUCCUAAAAAUAUACAGCAUUUGGAUUUUUCUUACUAUCAUAUUAACAAUAUUAAAAAUAUUAGUUUUUUCAAUUUGAGAAAUUUAGAAUUUCCUAAAGAAAUAAAGUGUUUUGAUUUUUCUUUUAAUAGAAUUGGAAAUAUUAAAGGUGUUUCAUUUCCGAAAGAGUUGGUUACUUUAAAUUUAUCAAAUAAUUGGAUUUCUGAAAUUGAUAAUUUAUUCAAAUGUAAAAAAUUGGAGAUCCUUUAUUUGCAAUUUAAUUGUAUUAAAUCUAUAUCACAAUUGCAUUAG